CUAUGUACUGACAGUGCGCAGGCGCGUGCCUAAUGCAAAAGGCAGGGUGAAUAAAUGUUCAUGUCGGGGAGGGGUGCGUUUUCUGUUGCCAUAGUGACAAUAUCAGCGGCUCCAUGUUGUGGGAGAGUAUCGCAGACAGAACUCCAGGAUUAUCGCUGAUUGGGCAUAACAACAGUAUCGGGUUGAUCAUGGCACCGAUUACUUUUGAUCUUCUGAUAGGAUUAUUUUAAUAUUUAUUGGCGAUUUAAAUUGCAUCCAUCAUCUCACGACCUGAACCUUAGUGGAUAAGAGUUAAUUUCUGUCUUUUUAAAAGAGAUUAGCUGCACUGCUCUCACGUUUAUACUUUCCUGAAAAUGACCGAAUCACCCUGUGCUGCCAUGACAAAGUUAAAGAUGCCUAGAGAGCACAAAGCUAAAAUCUGCCUGUGGGCAGAUUUGAGUUUUCACUCUAUGGGACUCAUAGAAAAAGCCCAAACAACAGACCAGCUUAAAAGUGUCUUGGUGGAGCUCUUUAGGCUGCAGGAUGCAGCCACAAAUCCUCGGAGUGCUAUUCUCUUGGAUCUCUAUUUCUACACGGUGCAGUUCUGUCGGGAAAAUGGCUUCAACAGAGAACAAACAUCUGCCCUCUUUUCAAUUGUGAAGAAGACUCACGAAGCUUGUACAGAAACUCCCUUAGGAAAUGUGGAUCAGUGCUACAACUACUUCAUUGACCUGGUUUUCUGCCAUGCUGUCAAGAGGCCACCAUUCAGCAUUGACCUGUUCGACCAGGACCAGGUGCAGCUGGUGACAGAAUAUGUUGUCAACACUUAUUUCCGUCAUUUCAAGCUAUACAAGUAUGUCUUCACCCCUCAGAUGAGUGUAGAUUUAACCCUGACAUAUGUUGGAAUGCCUAAAAGUGAAGAAAGCCAGGAGGUGGAACAAGAGGAUAUGACUGUGCACUCAGUGGAAACACCUGUUGAAGAGAAGACAGAAAGCAUACAGCCAGAGGUUCCAGUCUCCGCAGAUGCAGACCCCAAGGCAGCUUUGAGAGCCUUCAUCAGGUCACAGGUCAAUGAGGAAGUUGCCCAGAUACGCCAGUCCCUCGAGGAAAGGUUGAAGCUGAAUGAGGAACAGCUGAUGGCUAAUAUUAGCCCCUUGGAGCCCAGCCCUAUACCCAGGAAGAAAACAGGAAGCAGCAAAGGGAAAAAGAAAUAACCAGUUGAUUCACACAACUUUGUUUUUCACAUUAUCAUGCUUACUUCCUUCUAGAUUUCUUUUUGAAAGAAAAGCCACUAGCUAUAUAUUUUAGUGUGUGUGUGUGUAUAUAUAUAUAUAUAUCAUAUUUUGAGGGUGAUUACUAUAGUUUACCAUAUGUACUUAAAUGUUAAUAAAUGUUAUUUUUGGGAAA